AGUGAAUCCUUCAGGCUGUUUCCACUGGAGGGCGCUCAUUUUUUACAAACACUAGAUUAACUUCUGGCCAAUGGUGAUGCUCAGGAGCUUAUUUAAACAGCAUCUAAAAAAAGCUCCCUACUCAGACGCUCUACGCUCCACUCACAAAGUGUAAGUGAGCGAUACUUGGAGUGGACUUCAGCUGCUUGUUGAAUGCCAUGUUUUACCGGAUACUUCUCCUGUUAUCUGCUCUUGCAGUGGCCGUGGCUUCUGCGGCGACACACAGCUCCCAGCGGACUAAAAGAGGGCUCCUGGAGUUGGCGGGGGCCAUCAAAUGCAGCACGGGGAGGUCCGCUUUGGCGUAUAUGGUGUAUGGAUGCUACUGUGGACUGGGUGGUCAAGGCUGGCCCCGAGAUAAGGCCGACUGGUGUUGCCACAGACAUGACUGCUGUUAUGGAGAUGCUGAACGUUUCGGAUGCCAAACAAAAACAGACCAGUACAAGUGGACGUGUGAGGACCAGAAAGCUGAGUGCGAUGAUUUAGAGGACAAAUGUGAAAAGAUGCUGUGUAAGUGUGACAGAGAUGCUGCCAAAUGUUUGAGAAAAGCACCUUUCAUCAAGAAAUACGCCCUAUGGCCUGAUUUUCUCUGCGGCCACGUACAUCCGAUGUGUAAUAUUUACGGACACAGUAAAUCUUAAUGAAUACCCCAAGUGCCUUUUGUACUGUAAGGGCUGUAAAAAUAUCUAUAUCUUCACAUAUAUUGUUUAAUUAUGUUUAUUACUCUUUUUUUUUGGGCUGGAAAAGUAAUAAUAUAUGUGUGAAAAAUAAAUCAGGAGCAUGUUUACACAGUUCUCUGUUGAAACUCAGUGAAAGCUCAGCAGAAGGAGGUCAGAUGUUAAUCAGCGAGUGAAGGAUCAGAUAGCCAGAGCUAACAACAGUACUUUUAUUUGUUGAAAGUCUGGGUGGGGUAGAACCAGGGCAUGACUACACGGUCGACUUCCAGUGUUUUGGCAGUGUGUAAGAAUCCACAUCCUUCACUGGUUUAAAAAAAAAAAAAAAGGGAAAUCCAAUGACCUAAUGGGUAAAUUGAGUCUUUCGUGUUAAAUCUACUGUUCUUUUUCAUCCUUUCCUUCUUUCUUUCUUACUUAACCGACGGACCGACGUCUUAUGUAAAUACUUUUAUGUUUCUGUAAUAAAUGUGCAAACUCUCUGAGGUGACUGUUUCCUU